AUGAGCGACGAAAACAAAAGCAAAACUUUCUUGGGAUUUGAUUUUAGUACGCAAAGGCUAAAGGCUGUAGUGAUAGAUGAAAAUUAUGAAGUUUGCCAUGAAGCUGACGUGGAAUUUGAUGUGGACCUCCCCGAGUUCAGGACAUCAGGUGGAGUGGUGCGGGGCGAGAAAGGUGAGGUGACUGCGCCAACACUGUUGUGGGUCAAAGCUCUAGAUAUGGUAAUGGAUAGGCUAAUUGUGGCUGGAGUAGAUUUUUCUACAAUUGAGGCUCUGUCUGGCGCUGCACAGCAACAUGGCUCAGUUUGGUGGGCAAAAGGAUCGAAGGAGAGGUUAAAGAAUCUAUCAUCAGAAGAUUUCCUUCACACCCAGUUGGCUUCAACUUUCAUGGCGGACUCUCCAGUAUGGAUGGACUCCAGUACUAGUGCUGAUUGCAGAGCCAUUGAGGAGGCUGUUGGAGGACCAGAAGAACUAGCCAAAGUUACAGGUUCCCGAGCUUAUGAAAGAUUUACCGGAGCUCAGAUAAGAAAGAUGCACAGAACAAGACCACGGUCAUACUCAGCUACUGAGAGGAUAUCUCUGGUUUCUUCGUUUGCAUGUUCCCUAUUCCUUGGAGAAUAUGCACCAAUAGAUUUGGCUGAUGGCUCCGGAAUGAACUUGCUGGAUAUACAUAGUAUGCAGUGGUGUGAGGAAGCCUUAAAGGCCUGUGGUGAUGAAAAAUUAUCAAAGAAACUUGGUGUGCCAGUACCCAGUGCCACUGUGGUGGGAAAUAUAUCAUCAUACUUUGUGAAGAGAUAUGGUUUUAAACCCGAUUGCAAAGUGGUCGCGUUUACGGGAGAUAAUUGUUCAGCUCUCGCUGGCCUUCGUCUCCGCUCCGGCUGGGUGGGUCUAAGCUUGGGAACAAGCGACACGCUCCUCCUGGGGCUCCAAGAAGCGAGGGCCCCACCUGCUGGGCACAUACUUGUGGGCCCUACCUCUGAAGCCCCAUAUAUGGCUCUACUAUGUUUCGCGAAUGGAUCUUUGACAAGACAGAGCCAUAGAGAUAGAUUGGUCGGCGCUAGCUGGGAAGCUUUUAAUGAGCUACUUCAAGCAACGGUUAGAGGCAAUAUGGGUUACAUGGGUAUAUACUACGAUACAGCGGAGAUAGUACCGCGCGCGGUGUCAGGCCGCUGGUUGUAUGAUGCAUCUGGUCGGGCUCUGGACAAAUGUGCCCCGCAGUUUGAGGCCCGGGCCCUACUCGAGGGACAGGCGAUCGCGAGGCGAGUCCAUGCGGAAGACAUGGGGUUCAAGCUUGAUUCGUCGUCUCGAGUGAUAGCGACAGGUGGGGCUUCCGUCAAUAAAGAGCUGCUGCAGAUAUUCGCCGAUGUCUUCCACACGCCCGUAUACGUCCAGGACAAACACGCAAAUGCAGCACUGCUCGGCGCAGCUAUUCGUGCGGCUGAAGUGUGGAGUGUACACACCAAUACUAAACUUACAGGAUCUGAACCUAGUAUAUCUCCAGUGGCGACACCCUACCCAGACUCUGAAGCAAUAUACACGCCAAUGUUGGAGCGAUACCGACAAUACGUAGACACUAUUCCAAAAUUACAAUAA